AAUACGAUUAUUAUACGAGAAUUCAUCAUUCGUCCGUUCGUUUAUCUGGUCGGCCAGCGUGUUAUCUGUCUAAUCGUUAAUGACGAUGAGCCCGAGAAAAUAGUUAUUUCUCCAACCGCAUUGGCACGAUUACUUGUUACAAAUUACAAUCGGUCGCCGUUGUUUUUAAUUAGCACUGCUGAUAGCUGUGCAACGGUCCGACGUCGAUUGAUACGGUUAAUUGGUAGUCAUCCGUAUGUAGCUUAUAAUAUUAUGUUCGUUAGUAGAUUCGCAGCUCGCGCAACGAUCGUUUUCACGUCGUCGUCGCUUUUAUCGAAAGUCGCCUGUAAACGUUUUCAAUCCGCCAGCAGUAUGAGUAGCCGAGUGUCGCACGUCUCCACGGAUUUGGCACCAGCACCGGUCGGCGCCUACAGGUGAGUAAUGUUGUUCGAUUUACUAAAAACGUUCAAUAACUGCUCACUACGUACGUAUACUGUUCCGCAACGCCCAGAAUAUAGUGUUGAUAUUGUAUAACGUUAUCUCAUAUAGCUCUAUAGUUACGGCAGAUUAUUAGUUUUCGAGUACCUAUGUAUGAAUUCAUAGAGUCCUAUCUAGGGUCUUAUAUGCGAGGAUCAUAUCUGCUUAAUUAUGUAUGUAUAGAUUGGGGUGGACCAAAAAAAAAAAAAAAAUAUUUCACUGGCUUAUCUAUAUUUUAUUUAUAUAGGUGUAACAAAACUAUGGAAUGUUAUUUUAUUUCACGAAAAAAAAAAAAAAAUCCCAGUUUACGAACAGUGAUUUUAGGCGAAUAACUCAAUUUGUAUAAGAUCCUAUAGUAGUCGAUAAGGAGAAAAUCAAUAUUGACAAAGUUGUUACUGUUAUUAGUUGCAAAAUGUUGAUAAAUCAUCAAUUUGAAAUUUUACCCUUGAAAAAAAUUGUUAAUGUAAUAUUUUAUGUUUCGAGGCUAAUCAUUUUGUCAAUAUAAAUUUUAUCCUUAUCAACUGUAAGACCUUAUCUGUUCCUUAAUAUAUUUUGAUAAUAAAUAUCAAAUUAAUUAUUUAUCUUCAUGUAAUGUUUUGAUCGUCGAUAAUUUAAAAUGUAAACAAAAUUAUAAUACAUAUAAAUUGCGUUAUUCGCCUAAAAUUCGAUCUAAAACCACUGAUCGCGUAUUAAAAUUGUUUUUUUUUUUGUUCGUGAAAUGAGAUUCGGUGGUAUAUUUUUACACCUGUGCAGUGUACAAAUAAAAUAGGUUUAAAAAUAGCCUCGCGAAAAUAAAAUUGCUUGUUUUUGGUCUACCCUAGACCCAAUCGUAGAUGUAACAAAUUUAAUUAAAUCAUAUACCACCAAUCCCCUUCCACCCAAUACAAAAGUUAUGUGUACACAACUGGUACUAUCUAAAUACUAUAACGUAUUUACCUACGGUGUUUUUAAUCAUACUUAUAGCGAAAACCGAAUAGCUCUCAGUCAUUUCGCGUCUGCAAAUAACAUUAUUUUCAUUUUCCUACUAUACUUAUACAAUGAAAUACGCGGUUAUACGAAUUCCCCAAUGGGUCGAUGUGUUUUUAUUGACAUAUUGCUCUUGGAACCUUUUUUCCAUUUAGAGUAUAUAGUAUAUAAUAUAUAUAUAGCUUUUAAAUUAUUAUUAUCUGGAACGGUCACUAAAAUGUGUGCAUUGAACACUGGUUUAGUUAGUUUUGAAAUUGAAAUGUUAAAUAAUAUAUAUGAUUCUAUUCGGAGUACAGAUGGAAAAUAGGUUUAUUUUGUACAGUACAUUUUGACUCCGAAAUGAACAUAAAAACUAGGUACAAAGAAAUAAAAUAAUUUUUGAAAAAAAUAAGUAGCUCUUUGUUAAUAUUGAAUUAAAACAUAGUACCAUAUUGAAUAACGUGCAAUGGCCAAAGACUAAAUGAAAAAUCAUUUUUUAAUUUACAUAUAUUUUUCGAAGUAAUUUAUAAUUGAAUUUAAUUAAAUUUACACUAAAAUUAUAACUAAAAUCAAAUAACUAUAUAUUUUCUAUUUCUCUUCACCUUAAUUCCAACUUUUUGGGGCCGGGCAAAUUAACUAUUUAUUAUUAAUUGUUAUUAAUUUAUCUAUUCUUAUUAGUUAGUUAGUUUAGUUUAGUUUAUUAAUCUAACCUAGGGGGACCAUAUUUAAAAAAAUAAAAACCAGAACAAAAUAAUUUCAGUAAUACAUUCAAAUUAAUAUUUAUUAAUUAUUAUAGUUUUGUUUUGUUAAUUUUCCAUAAUUAUGCCUAUAUUAUUAACUAUUUUAAAUAUACACGUACAUCUUAGAUGUAUUAUCUUCGGUAUCGAUUGUUGUGGUUAUUAUUUUUCAUCGAUUGAAUACAAUCGCAAUCACUGUCAUAAUCUAUAACGAAUAUUUUUGUCAACAAAUUUAUUUUAUUAAAAAAUAAGAUAACAUUUUAAUAUGUAUGUUAAAACUAUAAAAUAUUUAUAUCUAAUUAACUAAAAUAAGAAUUGAUAUGGAGAAUAAUUGAUAUCGAUAUAAAAAAUAGGACAAAAAGCGUCCUGAAAGAAGUUUGUCAGGACAAUAGGACACGAAGCUGAAUAAAGUACAAUCCUGCAUAAAACAGGACGUAUGGUUACCCUAAUCUAACCAUGCUUUAUCCUAUAAUCUUUCAUAUUAUAGUAGUUUUGGUAAUAUUAUUUUAAACCAGAAAGUGUGGGUACCUAUCGUUCAAGUUUUCUUGAUGUAUUGAUUAAAAUAGGUAUAGUUAUCAUUGAUAAAUUAUCAAAAUUGUUUUGAUUUUUAUGACUAGAAUUUAAAAAUAAUGUUAUAAGAAUACAUUUUUUUAAAUAUAGUUUAAAGAGGGAGAUGUACCUAGAUGUACCUAGAUCUUUCUAAUCUCUUCCUAAAUAUGCUAUUGAGCAAUAAUGAUUAAUGUAUAAAGUUGUACAGAUAUACAUAAUAUACUUUAAUUUAUCACGAAAUUUUGAAUUAUUUUUUAUGAUAUAUAAACAAAUUCAAAUUUUUCAUGACAUUUUAACCAAUAUGUUAACAACAAUCCAUUAAAAAUAAUAUAAUAUUUUAAGUUUUAUAGGUGUAUAAUAUACUAUAUUCUUCAUAUAUCUUUAUAAGUUAUAAAAUAGGUAUAGUAAUUAUUCAUAGAAACAUAACCGUUUUCGGAUUAGUAAAAAAAAAGGGCCAAAUUGCCCACAGUAAUAUUCUGAUGCUAUCAUAAUAAAAUUGUUAAAGAUUUUUUCAUUUAAGCACCUCCCCCUCCCUCAAUAAAAAAAAACUCACGUAUAACCAACCAUAAUAGUUCUGCAAAUUUGAAAUUAAUAAUAGCAAUACAAUUAGCACGUAUCCAACGAAAAUAUAAUAUUAUUUUUAAAUAUUUUCAAAAUGAAAUUGAAAUACAGUACUGUAUCUACAGUUAGUUUAUUCAUUUUAUUUUCAAUAGUACCUAUAGAAUAUUAUUAUAUACUUACGGAAAUUAUGAAAUUACUUUGAAAUUAUAAUGAAUACAAAUUCGAAAUAAUCGUCUAUAACAGUAUUAAUUUCAAAAAUGCUACUCCAAACAACUUGUCUAUAAUUAUAUGUAAAUGUUUGAUUAAAUCAUUAUUAGUAUUUAUCAAUCAAUAGGACAGAAAACGUAUUGAAUGUACAAGACAUUAUCGGUUAUUAUACUCUAUUCAAGCUAGUUUUAAAUUGGCCCCUACUUUUGAACGUUAACCUUUUGACUAAUUCUUAGGAUUUCUAUAUUUUUCUUUUUAUUGUUUUAUUGAUGAAUAAUAAUAACUAUAGGUCAUAUAUGGAUUGCACCGCGUCGUAUAUUUUAAUAUUCUUGUACUUGUAUGAUUAUAUCAAUCGAACUGUAUUAAUUUUUGUAUUUUAAGAACAUUUUUUGUUUUAGUUUAAAUGUUACACAAAGAAUUAUAGUUCUUAGAGCAGUGUUUCUCAACCUGUUGUGCGUGCGAUUUUUUAAAAAUAAAACCUAAUAAGUAUCAAAGAAUUUGUAAAAAAAAAAUAAACCAUCAAUUAUAACCGUUAUACUGAUUAUUCUACAUAUGCAGUAUAACAAAAGAAAAAAAGUUGAUAAUUAUUUUUUGUUUAGCAAAAAGAGAAGGGAUGAGAAGUUUGAAAAUAUACAAAAGAGGCGUGUAAUAAUAAAGAUCGGAAACACUGAUUUAGAGCCUUUGACAAAACACUUUUAAACAAAAUUAAAAAAUUAUAAAUUAAUAUUAUAUUAAAACAAUUAAUAAUAUCAGUAAUAAGAAUAAAUUAUUACUUUAUAAUAUAUACUGAUCCUACUGAUCCACUGGUAGUACUUAAGUAUACAUAUUUUGUGCGUAUAAUAUUACAUUUUUAUAAAAUAUUUUCCAAAUUUAGUUAUACGGGGUGAUUAAUCUAUCAUAAAACAUGCAUUAUAUCGGAAAGUAUUAACUUUUUCCGGAAUUUAUUUUAUAGAGCAAUUAAGAAACAAGCUGCUCUAUAAUUUUAUAUCUAUGUUAUUUUUUGUCACUCUAAUUUUUAGGAGUAAAAUCACUAUCUAUCAAAAAUGUCAACACUAAAAUUUAUUUUAAAUAAUAGUCCAUCUAUUUAUGGAAUUUUAAAUAUAGGUUGCCAUAUGAAAAUCAAAAGUAGGUGGUAGUUUUACCGUCAAAAAUAAGGGUGACUAAAAAAUAACAUAAAUAUGAAAUUGUAAAACAGCUUGUUUCUUAAAUAUUCUAAAAAUCAAAUUUCGGAAAAAGUUAAUACUUUCCGAGAUAAAGAGGGUCUUACGAUAGAUUAAUCACUCUGUAUUGUUAUAUACCUAUAUCAAACACUCAAUGUAUUUAAUUUUUUUUUUAAUUUUUGGAAGUAUUGAUGUGUAGGUAGGUACAUAUAAUUUUAAUUGCCUCGAUGGCCAAUUCGCUCAUGUUUCAUUCAUAAAUUAUAUUUGUACAUGGACAAUGCAUACGAAUUACAAAUUAUGUAAAUUGAACAUAUCAUUUUUUUUUUCUGUUGAGGUAACAUCUUUAUUAGGAACUCACCUACAUAAGUAUAUAAAAUAUUUUUGUUUUUGAUAUUUAAAUGUAUAAAAUAAUAUAAUAUUAUAUAGAUAGCGCGUUUAAAUUAAAAUGUAGGUAUUAUUAUAAUAUUAUGGUUAUCUUUAUUUAUUAAAAAAUAACCUUUUAAAUGCUUACCGUUUAUUUAUAAUAAUUACAUUUGGAUAAUGUUGUUUUUAUAAUCUUAUAUAGAAACUACAGCAGUGAUAACGUAUUUUAUGGUACUUAUAUAUUAUUUAUUAGUUCACAGAGCGUUAUAUUAUUCAAAUAUAUUUAGAGUAACCAAUACAAUAUUUUGUAAUUAGGUAUAAUAGUUAUUAUUAAACAAAUUAUAUUCGUUUAAAAAUAUCCACACUGUAAAUAUAUUUUGGUUCUUAGAUUCCUUGUGAAGCGACGAAUUAUGUAUAUUAUAGGUUUUACUACGGUGGAUUUUUUUCCCUGCCUGAAUAACUUUUCGACUAGAAAAAUUGCUUCAAUCGAUAAAUGUAUAGGUAUUUUCUUGUAGAAUUUUGGAUUUAAUUGAGGCAUUCUAGUAGUGUUCAUUUUUGAUAUUUGUUAUACUUUUCUCAAUAAUUGAGAAAACAUGGAAAAAAGAUAUCUGCUAUACAGAUUUCAAACCUAUAAUAAUAUUUUAUAAAUAAUUUGCUGUUUUUUUUUUUAAAAAAAAAAACAGUUGGUAUAUUUAUCAGCGGCUAUCAGCAGCUAUUCUUUUUUUUUGAGUUUUAUAUGUUUAGACAUUUUGCAAUAUUUUUACCAGCGAUUGAAAUUGAAAUUUAUCUUGAAAUUCGUAAGAACACGGGAAAUUGUAAUUUAUUUUGUAGUUAUAAAUUUAUGUAAUAUUCAAUAAUUGAAAUCAAUCAAAACAUGUUAAACUGCAUUGCGCUUAGAAUUGUAUUUAAUUUGAAAUGAUUUAUCGUUGCACUCAGUAUAUAUAAAAUUAAUUACUCUAUUUUUAUAAUAUUCUACUUUCCCAACUUUCCAACAAUGGCCUAAUCUUGAUGUGAAUUAUUUAAGGAUUUUUAAAACAUAAUAAAAAUAAUAUUGAACAGUUUAAAUUAAAAAACAGUUCACUGCAUAACUUGAAUGUCAAUCGACAUGUUUCAAUAAAUUUUAGUACCUAAUUUUUCAUGAUGGAUUGCGUCAACAAAUUAAAAAUGUUAACUAUACACAUCUGCAAUAUGAAAACAUUGUAUUAUAUUUUACAUUUUAGUUAGAUGGAUUAAAAUUUGUUUGUUUUUUUCAUGUAGCCAAGCAGUCAAGAACGGUGAUACGGUUUAUUUAUCGGGUGCCUUGGGCUUGGACCCUAGUACGGGUAAGCUAGUCGAAGGCGGUGUUGGUCCCGAAACGACAAAGGCUUUAGAAAACAUUCAACGUAUUCUCGAAGCAUCCCAAUCGUCCUUUAGCUCGGGUUAGUAUAUUCAAUACAGUACAUACAUGUUAUCGUGUUUUGAUAUUGAAUAAUUUAUAUUACAUAUGUUUACCCUUUUCUGUUAAACUUUUGUAUACCAGCGAUAGUCGUGAUUUGUAUAACAAUAUAUUUAUCGUAUAAGAUAAUUUGCAAGCGUCCCAGCGUUUGAGAAUCGUGUGUAAACAAAUAAUAUAUUUUUAUGUAAACUAGCUAGUUUGAGUCAGCAGUUAUUUUGUUGGUCAUUGAACUGAUAAAAUAUAAUAUGAUCACUGAUCAAAAUAUACUGUGUUUAAAAAAAUUAUCACAAUGUGUUAUAGUAGUCAUUUUCUUUUUAAAUAUUUAUCACAUUUAUUUUACCCAAAACAGAUAUGUUAUCAUAUUAAUCAUGUUAUAUAUAUGAAUGUAAAAUAUAUAUCUUGGUUUAUGAGAAAAAAAUUAAUAAUAAUUUGACUAAUUUUAUAUACAUUUAUUGGAAGUACCUAGUUUUGUAAUUUAUUUUAUUAAAAAAAAAAAAGAUAUGGAUAUACAGGUGGGCCACUGUUGUAAGUUAGAAGUUGGGAAGGUAGAGGGAAAAUUUAAAUGUAUAUCUACUCAUCGAUUAAUCAUUGCUAACGAAAAACGAUUCUGAGUGAAGUUCGGUUAAUUGUGUUGAUUUGUCAACAAUAUAUAUGUCACAUUGUGGUAAAAUAAUUACAUACGCUUUAUAUAUUUUAUUUAAUAAUAUUUUUUUAAUAUUGAAUUUAUUUUUCCGUUAUUCCUACGUGUUUUCCCGGUUUUUCCCACGUUGUUUCCCAUUUAUUGGGAAAACAACAGGGAAAAUCAAAAAUUGGCUUUCUAAAAUACCAUUGCAGUCACUGCCCUAAAGUACAUCAGAUUUCCUUUCAGAAAAAGUGCUAUCAAUAUAAAUAGGAGCAAAAUUGCUGAUAGAAAAGUUAUUCACAGGAAAAAAAGAAAUAAACUUUAUUGUAAUAUAUUCCUCGUUACACUCAGAAUCUAGAAUAAUUUUAUUUUAAUCCCGUGUUUUGUCUACGUGAAUUUUGUUUUAUUUAUAACUUGCUUUUUUCACAAAUUGAUUGUACAAAUUUAAAUUUGAUCUUUGUUUAACAGAAGAAAUUUGACUAAAUAAAAACGUACAGAACCAAUUUUAAUGUAUUUUAUUUAUAAAUUAUUUGACAUACCUUUAAUAUUAUACAAUAAUAUAAUAUAUAUAAUAAAUAUAUAUUUAUAUAUAUAUAUAUAUAUAUAUAUUUUAUUAUUUAUAUAUUUAUUUACGAGUAUUAACCAUUUUAAUAACUUUGUUUUAUUUUAUUAUUUUAUUAAUAUAAUAUAAUUUAGUAAAUAAUUGUUAUACCGAAAAAAAUAUGUAUAAACAGCAAGAAAAGUUGCAAAUUUUGUCUACUACUCUUAUUUCAUUGAACAAAAUAAAUUAUUUUAAACUAUGAGAUGGAAUUUAUUUACCUCUGAUAUAUAUAUGUACAAAUUUAUAAUAUAGUCUUAUUCCUUACGGAUUACACAAUGAAAGUAAAAAAAAAAAAAAACCCUUUAUUUUAGCGGUAACUAUAGUUUAGCUAACUCCUAUAUAUAAGUUCGUAAUAUAUACUUUUACUAUUUCCACAGUCGUUAAGACCACAGUUCUUUUGGCUGACAUAAAAGACGGGCCGACGGUGAACGAGAUUUACAAACAAUGUAAUUACGUGGACUCAUUUGAAUUUCAAAAUAGAUUGCACUAAGUACUGAUUAAAAACAAUAAUUUGUCCCUUUUUUUUUUUUUAACAGUUUUCGUGCCACCGUAUCCGGCUAGAGCAAUGUUCCAAGUGGCCAAUCUGCCUUUGGUAAGUAUUAAAAAAAAAAAACCUAUUUCAAAAUACUUUUGAUGUGAUAAAUUACAUUAAGUGUUUUUUUUAGUUUAUUUUAUAUACCACUUGUGGCUUUUUUCAGUGUUUUUUUUUUUUUUAUUAUUAUUCGAGGUCAAUAGAUAUAGUGCACCGAAUACUAUUUGUGUCACUUUGACUGUAAAAUUAUGUGAUGAUUCGGUCGACCCGCUGAUUAAUAUUUUCGUAUGUUUUUUUUCUAGGGCGCCAAAGUCGAAAUAGAAGCGGUCGCCGCGGUUAACAAGUGACCAUAAUAAAAUAUCUCACAAUUUUGUUUUUCAAAUAUAAAAUAUAAUAAGCAAUGAAAAUAAUCUACAUUUUUUUUUUAUUUACAAUGUCAUGCACGUAGACACAUAAAAUCGAGGACAUAAUGCGUACUCAAGGAAAUAAAUUUACCACAGAAUAUCUGGAAGUGUGACAAUUUCAUGGGGAUUUUUUUUAACCGUAAAGUACGGAACAAAUAAAAUACAAUUUUUAUUUAAUAUAAAUACUCAUAUAUAUAUAUAUAUGUAUAUUUAAACCGCCUUAAAAACAGAUAAGUAAUAUAUUUGUUACCGAUUAUUUUUACACUUUUUUUUGCAACAUUUUUUUCAUUCCGAAAAGACGCGAUAUAUGAAGAAAGUCAACUGUACACUCAGUAGUUAAAUUGACAAGAAAGACAAUAUGUUCCAUAUAAUUUAGUUGCGGAAGAAAACUUAUCAAAAUGUGGUAAACCAAACCUUUAGAAAGUCAACAUUUGAAAAAUCAAAACUUGGAAUGGCAAAACUCAGAAUUUAUAACAGUCGAUUCAACAGCUAAUGAUGUGUAACUUCAUAGUGUAUAUAACAAAUACUAAAUUAUGCCUUUCAAAAUUUUUCCUUUCCAAGUUUUGAUUUUUUAAAUUUUGAUCGUCCAUGUUUUGCUAGCCGUUUGUUGCGAGGCGGUCAAAAUGAUUAUCUCCGUAAAAUUGCAUAUACAUAGGGGAAAUACCUUAUUCAUAAGUGUUUCGAGACACUGGAAAUUUUAGAAAUUAACUUAUUCCUACGGUCUUUUGCCACAACUAACUAUCUUAGUUAUGAGUUCUACUUAACAUUAUAUUAUAUUUUCUGGUCAUAGUAUUCACAGAAGGGUAAUAUUUUUAAAACAUUUAUAUUAUAGGAACACUAAAUUUAAUUUGGCGUCAUCAGCAACGUGGUCGUCCUGUUGUUAUUGGUUAAAACGCCGACGGUAAUGCCAUUUUCCAUCUUAAUCAUGUCACCGUUCAGUUCUUUGACGGUCUCUUGUUUGCUGAAGAUGAUUUUGCUCGAAAACCGUAGCGAUUUAUCCACCGCUGACGACGUGUCCGAUCCGAUGUUCUCGUCUAUUGUUACGACCGUAGGUUGCCAGGGUUUAGUGACCACCAGUUGCUUCGUUGAAUUUAUCUAAUAGAAAAAAAAUUGUUUAAA